AAAAACUUAAAGAUCAGAAAAAAAAAAAGAGAGGAAGAAAAUGGAGUAUGGUGAAGAGAUAGACAUCGUUAUAGUUGGAGGAGGGAUUUGUGGUUUGGCUACCGCACUUGCCCUUCACAGGAAGGGAAUCAAAAGCUUAGUUCUGGAAAGAUCGGAGACUCUUCGGGCAACCGGAGCCGCUAUCGGUGUUCUUCCCAAUGGGUGGCGUGCUCUUGAUCAGCUUGGCGUUGCUUCCAAGCUCCGCCAUACUGCUCUUCCCCUUCAAAGGCAACGUGACAUAUGGCUUUACAGGAACAAGGAAGAAACUAUAAAACCUCAGAGUGAGGAAUCUCGGUGCCUUCAGCGCAGUGAUCUUGUCACAGCUCUUGCCGAGGGUCUCCCUCAUGGCACCAUCCGUUUUGGAUGCCAAGUGCUCUCCAUUCAACCUGAUCCUUUAACUUCAUACCCACUAAUUCAACUGCAUAAUGGAAGUGUUAUCAAGGCCAAGAUUUUGAUUGGAUGCGAUGGAGCACAUUCCGUAGUUGCAGAUUUUCUUGGAUUGAAACCACCAAAGCUCUUCGUCUUAUGGGCAGUUAGAGGUCUAACGUGUUACCCCAAUGGUCAUGGUCUACCAACAGAGUUUACUCGGCUUCGAGGGGAGAAUUUGAUGAUUGGAAGAAUCCCGAUCGAUGAUAAGCUUGUCCACUGGUUUGUUGCUGACCAAGGAUAUCCUCCAGAUUCAAAUAUUUCAAAGGAUCCAGAAUUCAUUCGAGAAUUCACAGUUGAAUCAAUAAAGGCCUUUCCUGAAGAAAUGUUAGACAUGGUGAGAAGGAGUGAUCCAGAAAAACUGACCCUCACUCACAUAAGAUAUCGUGCACCAUGGGACAUACUACUAGGCAAGUUUCGAAAAGGAACAGUGACUGUAGCUGGAGAUGCCAUGCAUGUAAUGGGUCCAUUUCUAGGGCAGGGUGGCUCUGCAGCUUUGGAAGAUGCAGUUGUUCUUGGUAGGUGCUUGGCACAAAAACUUCAUCAAUUUGAUAUAAGUGCAGAAGGUAGGCAGAUGAGGAUAAUACAGAAUGUUAUUGGGGAGGCCAUUGAUCAAUUUGUGAAAGAAAGGAGAAUGAGGCUGCUGAAAUUGUCUUUGCAAACUUAUCUUUUGGGUUCACUACGCCAAUCUUCUUCCUCACUUGCAAAGUUUGCUACCAUGGCAUUGAUGAUGAUUCUUUUCAGAGAUCCAAAUGCUCACACUCAAUAUUACUGUGGAGAUCUGUGAGACUUUGUUGCUUAUUACGAAACCCAAUUUGAGGAGCUUAUUAUUAGUAUUAGAAUUAAGACGUGUGUGAGCAUUGAGCAAAAUUGAGUUCUAGCUUAUGGGUGCCUUAGUUUGUUAUUAUUAUUAUUAUUAUUAUUAUUAUUAUUAUUAUUAUUAUUAUUAUUAUUAUUAUUAUUAUUUGAACAGAUUACAUUAAUGAUGGGGAGAUUCCAACCCAACCUAAAGGUUAGAGAUUGCACUUUCAACCAGACAUAGAGUUAUUGGCAGUCAAGCCUAAGUGCACCUUGGUUUGUUAUUAUUGUAAUCUCUCUCUUGCUGACUUCACAUGCCCAAUGCAAAUAGCUUAGCAGCUUAGACCAUUAAUUGGGUCCCUUUGUGUUUGCAUAUAUGUUGUUAGAAAGCUCUCUGUUUUUUCAUCUUUCCCAAAAAUGCUUAAAGACCUAAGUAAAUUCAUAAAAUUGGG